AUGGCUUUCAAGAUUCCAGGUCUGCCACCAGUCAGACUUCACUCUCCUUACUGGCAAAAUGUCAUUAUCGGCAUUCUGGUGGGCUUGACUGCUGGACUUUAUGUUGCCCUCAAUCUUCUUGGUGCCGGAGGCGGUCGACCAAAUGCAGCCCAAACCGUGCAAGUGGUUAACGCCACCUUGUGUGCGGUCUGGUUCUUCUCGGCCUCGUUUGGGGGAACAGUCCUGAACAAAAUCGGUCCGGCUAUCACUGCCUCCCUAGGAGUGUUGGGCUACAUAAUCUAUGUCGGUUCUCUGUGGUACUUCGAUCAGACUGGCAAGGAAGGCUUCCCAAUCUUCGCAGGUGUUGCUAUUGGUAUCUCGGCUGGGUUGAUCUUCGUAACCAUGGGGUACAUUGCAAUGUCGUACUCCGAAGAGCAGGAUCGGGGCAAAUACAUUACCGUCUCGAUCAAUCUCCAAGCUGUUGGUGCCAUAGUGGGUGGCAUCAUUCCUUUACUUAUCAACCGCAAUUCUACUGAGGCAGCGGGUGUACCGCCGGCCGUGUACAUCGUUUUCAUUGUGGUAAUGGCAAUGGGUAUGAUAGGGGCAUUUGCUCUUAUGCCGCCUGACAAAAUCGUUCGUGACGAUGGAACCAAGGUUGGGGUCGUUCAGGCUCGAACCUUUGUGGAGGAAUUGAAGGCAAACCUCGAGAUCUUUCGUGAUUGGAAGCUACUCAUCAUGAUCCCCGCGUUUCUUCCAGCAGAAUGCUUUCUUGUCUACGGAGGCUCUGUCAACGCAUACCACAAUAAUCUUCGCACUCGAUGCCUGCUGUCCUUCAUUUCGGUAGUACUGCAGCUGCCGGCAGGUUGGGGUUUGCAAUGGAUUCUGGACAAUAAGAAGAUGAAACGGAGAACCCGUGCUUUCAUCGGACUUGCUGUGGUUGGUAUUCCAUUGACCGGUGCUUGGAUUUGGGAGAUCAUCCGCACUCGUAAUUAUGACCGUUCCAGCCCACCUGAGCACCCAAUGGACUGGACUGAUGACGGCUUUGUCGCGAUCUUCUUCUUAUUUAUGAUGAACUGGGUCUUCAGCUCGCUUUGGCAGUACAUCAUCCUUUACUUUCUCGGCACUCUCACAAAUUCGCCUCGCAAGUCGGCCAACUAUGCAGGCGUUUUUCGAGGCAUUCUGGGCGCUGGCGAGGCCAUCUGUUUCGGUGUCGAUUCUAUUGCUGUUCCAUAUAUGAAGGAGGCCGCCGUGAUAUUCGCAUUUUACACUACUGGCGUAUUGGUGUUUGCGUACCUGGCUGCCUUCCACAUUCGUGAGACAGAGUACUUCAAUGGUGAAGACGAUGUCGUUAUCCCCAAGCAUGUACUUGAAGAGCACGAACUCGACAGCAGCAGCAUCGCGGGCGAAAAGGUACCAAUCGAGGACCAGACUGUCACCAUAGGUGACAACAAGGCUUGA